UCGCUGUUGCUCCAACUCUAGUUAGUUAGUUGUUGCAUGCACCGCGUUACGGGGGAGCUCCGCGCACUUACUACUUCACACAGAUCAGGUUUUGCUACGAAGCAACGCCAGCCGACGUCGUCAACGAAGCCGAAGUGUAGUCCAAGUGCAGUCCGUAGUCCUCGUUGCAGCUGCAUUACAUUUCUUCGUCUCCCUUUUAACAUAUUUAUUCUAAGGUGCGAAAGAGAACAAGUGGCCAAGCAGGUUGCACUCUACAUACACAUUCACGAACACACAAACACACUCGGACAGGCUGCAUGAAGUAAAACAUAAAACGCAUCCCCGGAAAUGCCAAUAGAAAGAACAACAACAGAUAAAAAAGCAUAAAUAAAGCAAGCGAUUAAGGCGAUCAAACCAAAAAACCCACAAACAACAAAGAAGAACAAAUAACUGGGCAAGCAGAAAGAGCAAGCAACAGUGUUAGAGUGGAGCAGAUGCAGCUUUCUGCACUGAAGUUGCUGCACUCACACACACACACCGACGCACACCUAAUCUUUGGCACAAAUUUCUGAAUGGAAUAAUUAUGUUGUGAUGGGCUCGUGCUCGUGUACACGGCGACACUUUCUGCUGUCAAUAUGCUUCCUGCAAAUGAUAACGAUUAUCGAACGCCAGGUAUUCGACUUUCUCGGAUACAUGUGGGCGCCCAUAUUGGUCAACUUCUUUCAAAUACUGUUUAUAAUAUUUGGCUUCUAUGGCGCAUAUCAUUUUAGAAUCAAAUACAUCAUAACCUAUUUGCUAUGGAUGUUUGUGUGGAUUGGCUGGAAUGCGUUUAUGAUAUGUUUCUAUUUGAAUGUCGGCAGCCUGGAUAGGGAAAGCGAUUUACUCAACAUGGGCACGGGUAGCGUGUCGUGGUUCGAGGCGAAUGGUUAUGGCUGCAAGCCCACCUACAAUAUAACCGCCGAUGAUCCAUUUCGUCCCCUACGCCCGGAGCGUGUCGAGGACUGUCUGCUGGACUAUACACUCGUUGAGGUCAUCCACUCUGGUGUACAGUGCGCGCUGGCGCUGCUGGGUAUACUCGGUGCGAUUCUAAUCAGCUGCAUAUUUCUCGAUGAGGACGACAGAUUCGAUUUCAUGAACGGCGACGCGAAGAGUCCACAGCACACCGUCGUCCAUCCAAUGUACGUGAGCUAUACAAGUAUACCGACAACAUCUGCAAGCGCCACAAUGCAAUCAAAUAAGCAGCUGCAACUGCAACAUCAGCAGCAGCAGCUUCAGCAGCUACAGCUACAGCAGCAGCAACAGCAAAACAACUCACUGCAAUUCAAUCAUCAGCAUCAACGACACAACAAAUCGAGCAACAACCACAACAACACCAAUACCAACAACAACAACUACAGCAAUUGCAACAGCUACAAUAAUACACUCAAUAAUGUUCACCAGCCACAGCAUCAGCCUCUAGCAGACACAGCAAUUAACCAUAACGCAUACAACCCACAUUUAACCCACACAAGUGGCAAAAGCGAGCAACUGGCCCAUAACAACAGCAGCAGCAGUGGCAGCAACCACAACGUCAGUGGCAACAGUGGCAGUGGCAGCCACAGCAGCGCCAACAGCCAUGGCAACGGGCAGAGCAACAACGCUAGCCUCAAUCGCCUCAAAUCUCAGAGUCGCCAUAACAACGAGAGCAGCCAGAUACAGACACAGAGCAACAACAACAGUCAGAGACGCAAGCGCCUCUAUCAGUCCAAGGCAAAUCCCCUCAACUCGGUCAGUCCCAUGUCCAUGUCGCCUCAAAGCGCACAAACCACGCCCUCUUUGUCCUAUGCCUCGCUGCAGAACUCCAAUCCGCAGCUGGCUGCCUCGCUGAGCAACAGCAACUAUAGCAUCUUUCAUGCCGCAAACAGUGCCGCCACCGGCGACACUAGCAGCGCCACCAGUGGGCACUUUGCCCGCAUCCACCACAAGCCGAAGCCACCCAAGUCUCAGCCAGAUGUGAAGUACACACAGUUGGCUCUCGAUCGCUUGUCCCGCAAUCUAGAGGAAGACGAGGACAACUUCUCGCUGCAGCACUUGACGCCCAGCGAGAACGGUGUUACCUAUGUGCCCUUCCAGAGUCCCACGCCCAACAGUUUGUUUGUGGGCGGCAGCGAAAGCAACAACAACUCUGGGCCACCGCACAUUGUCUUCAACUCGUUCCACGAGUCCCACUCUAGUCCCCACAACAACAACCAAUAUUCCUUUGAAUCCCAGCCCAAGUCUUUGCCCUUGGUUUCGGGCUACUCGCCCAGGCUACAGCAUCGCAGCUACCUUGGCGGCAAGCAGCUGCCACGUCCCACACAAAUCCCGAUGCCCACGGUGCCCAUUCACAGUUGCCAUGGCGUAGAACAGGAAACGUUGGCGCUUUCGCCACCGCCACCGCCUGCACCACGUCCACACAUCUUUCAGCCUCGACUCGGUCAGGCGCCCUAUCCCGAUCUCUCGCCCGAAAUCGCCGAGAAAUACGCCAUGCCCACACAACAUGUGCCCGGCUCACCAAUGGUGAAGCGUAGCCAGCGUCGUCCCCGUCCGCAACCGGCACAGGCCAAUUUCUGCGAUCAGAUACGCGAUGCGCCGCCCGGUUACAUUGUCCGCGCCCAGAGCGACGAUCGCCUGGACGAGCAGCAUCAAACGCAGCUCGCCCAGCAGUCGCAGCAGGCACCACAUGUCAAUCGACGCAGUGGGCGAAAGGCUCGUCCACGGUCCUUCUGUAAUUCCAUUGUGGGCGCCCAGGCAUAGGAUGCUCAAAGUGCUUCAUUCCUCUUGAUUAAUUGACCAAAACUUGAUAGACUUUUUUUUUUAGACAUAUGUAUAAUUUGUAGAAUGAUGGCGGCUGCUCUCCGCGUUCCACGAUCUCUCGAGCCUUCUCGCGAUUUGUGUUGCAAAAUAGACGCUGCCUGCCACGCUCUCUCACUCUCACCUCUCUUCUUCUUUAACUGUCUCUCUUAGACACUCAAGUAUGUCCAAGCUUUAUUAUAUGACUGUGUCGUCUCUCUCUAGCUCUAGCUAUCUUACUCUCUCACAAACUGUCUAUUAAAUCUUCUCCAGGUGCUGGGCAAUUGCCGCUUGUGUCCCAUGUGUUGUCCAUAACUAACUCUGUAUACUAUAUUUAGUAUGUGUUGUCGUUUUUUGUUGUGGCUAACAGAGAUUAAAUGUUAGAAUAUUACAUCGAGAUAUCUUCAAUAGGUUAGGAACGCACAGAUAGGAACACAAUUAUGAGUCCUUGUACAGUCCAGUACACACUACACUUCAAGGGCAAUGCAAGUCGAAACUUGUUAGAAUGCGGAAUAUUGGAAUAGACUACAAAUUCCUAAGUGAAGCACUGGGAAUUGAGUGGUAAUUCCAUUUAAUAAGUUAUAUUUAAUAUAAUAUUUGAUUAAAACUUUGCUGUAACUCCCAAGAGUGUGCUUUGAAAGCUUUUCAAUAUUUUGAGUUGGCAUAAAUAAUUUGCAAAUUAAACGCACUCUUGGGUAUGAAUCAAGUGAACUUCAAUUGAAAUUUUGAAUGAUUGGGAAAAACCAAUUAAAAUGUGAAGCUGACAGAAAAAAAAUAGCAAAACCUAAGCUGAUUACAAUUUAAAGUAAAAUCAAAGGCUUAAAAACUUGUUUUGUCUUCUAUUCCAACGAGUUCCAAUUGCACAUCAAUUUAAUAUUGCAGCAAAGAACAUUAGGAAUAGAAAAGAUCAAAUUCAAAUACGAAUAUAAAAAGAAAUAAUAUGAAUAUUCACUUCAAAUUUCAAUAUGAAUAGAAAGAAAAUAUCAUGAAUUUCCACUUGCAUUGCACUUUAAGUGGAAAUUAGUUUUUAAGAUUAAGCUUUAAUUCGGAUGCCUUGAAAGAGCCAUUAACUAAAUUUGUGCAAAGAUACACAAAAAACACACGCAUACAAACACAUCUUAGAGACUUUCCAUGAUGGCUUUUGUUUAAACGGUAUGAAAUGUGAUAGAAAAAUUGUUACAAAUCUGCAAAACGAGAAGCUAAAUCAAAAAAACAAACGAAAAUGGGAGAGAAGCAAAAUCGAAACGCAAAGCGGAAAGUCGAAGAAUGCCUUCAUAACUUUUAUGUUAAACUGUGAUACUACAAAACCAAAAAACGAUAAAAAGCGAAACUAAACACACACAAACAAAAUGUCACAAAACCAUUUAAAAAAAAUGAUAACAAAAUAAGAAACG